AUGAAGUUGGCUGUUGCUGCUUUGCUUUUUACCUCGGCAGUCUUCUUCCAAUUAUGUCUAGCUUUUCCGGAUUCCAGUUCAGGUCUAGAUGUUCCUUCUUCAGAUGAUGGAAAGGCCAAAGAUCCAGCUCAAGAUGGAGGUGAUAAAACCAAAGCUAAAAAGACUAAAUCAAGUUCCGGUUUAGAUCCUGAUGUUUCCACUCCUGAUGAUGGAUCGACGACAGAUCCAGCUCAAACUGGAGCUGAUAAAAAAACAGCUGAAAAGAAUAAACCUGGUUUCAGUCCAGAUCCAGAUGCAUCUCCUUCAGACAAUGGAUCAGCCAAAGAUCCAGCUCAAGAGGAUGCUGAUAAAACAAAAACUAAAGAAACUAAAUCCAGUUCCGGUUCAGAUCCAGAUGCUUCUCCUUCUAACGAUGGAUCGGCCACAGAUCCCUCUCAAGCCAAGACUAAUACACUAAAUACCAAAGACAAUAAACAAGUUGCCAGUUCAGGUGAAGAUCCUAGCACAAAAUCCGCAGAAACGUUUAAAACAAAUUCCAAUGCUUCAGCUGAUUUAGAUGCACAAAAAAAUGCUGUCGGAGCAAAAUCAAAUUCAAAAGAAAAUGCAGCUAAGAAAUCUGGUAAAGGUAAAAAGUCUCAUAGGCAUAAAAAAUCCAAAAAAGGUAAAAAAGGCAAACGUGGUAAGAAAAGAAAGAAACACGGAAGUAAUAAAAAAAAUAAAGACGCACAAAAGAAAAAAAAGGAGGCCGAACAUCAGAAAAGGAAAGCUGCACAUGAGAAAAGGAAAGCCCAACAUGAGAAAAGAAAAAAAGCCCGACUAGAGAAAAAAAAGAAAGCGGCAGAGAAGAAAAAACAACAAGCUGAAAAGAAGAAGACCCAAUAA